UGAUAAUGCUAUUAUUGUACAGCUAACUCGUAAAUUCAAUUACAUGUUAGCUGAGUACAAAUUUUAAAUAAAAAGUAUAUUUGUGAAAAUAUUUCUGCCACGCUCUGCGUAGAAAUAUGAAAACUUGUGGUUGCAAUAUGUUUAUUUAUUGAAAAAAUAAAAAGGUUGGAAUGUGCUUGGUACGCGCGUAACAUAGCGCGUGGUAGAGAAAGAGCCGUAGCAGCAAGGGAACAGUUAAAAAGGAGACUGGAAGAAUAGAACAGAAAGAAUCUAUUAGGAGAUUAUGUAACAGAUAAGAAGAAACAGAGUAAGAAAAAGAAAUCACUGCUUGGAUGUUGGAAUCAAUGGCAUUUUCAGUUUUUGCUACGAAUUCUUCUUCUCUUUCUCUAUCUCAGCUUCAGCUUCAGCUUCAAUCAUCUUCUCUCAUAUUUAAGCCAUACCCUUUUCCCUUCUUCCCUUCUUCUCCUCGUUUGAACCCAAAGAAACGGUUUCAAAGUCACACCACCACUCGCUUCCGUCGUGUUCUUACUACUUCAAAUGCUGCCGUCGACUCAAGCAAUGGGGCAGUCAUUGCCUCUGACUUUGAGCAUCACUCUUCUUCUUAUGGAAGACAGUACUUCCCUUUAGCUGCUGUUGUUGGCCAGGAUGCCAUUAAAACUGCACUUUUACUUGGGGCAAUUGAUCGUGAGAUUGGAGGGAUUGCUAUCUCUGGGAGGCGAGGAACAGCCAAGACUGUAAUGGCACGUGGGUUGCAUGCAAUUUUGCCACCCAUUGAUGUAGUUGUUGGUUCAAUAGCAAAUGCAGAUCCAGCCUGCCGGGAGGAGUGGGAAGAUGGUUUAGGUCAGCAAGCCGAGUAUGAUUCUGAUGGUAAUGUGAAGACUCAAGUUGUCAGAUCUCCUUUUGUUCAGAUUCCACUUGGAGUCACAGAAGACAGACUCAUUGGAUCUGUUGAUGUUGAGGAGUCUGUGAAAGCGGGAACAACUGUUUUUCAACCAGGCCUUCUGGCUGAAGCACAUAGAGGUGUACUAUAUGUUGAUGAAAUUAAUCUUCUGGAUGAAGGUAUUAGUAAUUUGCUUCUGAAUGUACUGACCGAAGGAGUUAAUAUUGUGGAAAGAGAGGGAAUCAGCUUCAAGCACCCUUGCAAACCGCUCUUGAUUGCCACUUAUAAUCCAGAAGAGGGUGCUGUACGGGAACAUUUAUUAGAUCGUAUUGCAAUUAACUUGAGUGCAGAUCUUCCAAUGAAUUUUGAAGAUCGUGUUGCAGCAGUUGGAAUUGCAACAAAAUUUCAGGAAGCUAGCAAUGAAGUUUUUAAAAUGGUUGAGGAAGAAACAGAGUACGCAAAGACUCAGAUCAUUUUAGCAAGAGAGUAUUUGAGGGAUGUUACAAUUAGCCGAGAACAAUUAAAGUACUUGGUUAUGGAAGCCCUUCGAGGUGGUUGCCAGGGACACAGAGCUGAGCUAUAUGCUGCCCGGGUUGCAAAAUGCUUGGCUGCUUUGGAAGGACGUGAAAGAGUUAAUGUAGAUGACCUGAAAAAAGCCGUGGAGCUUGUCAUCCUCCCUCGUUCAAUCAUUACUGAAAAUCCACCAGAUCAACAAAACCAACAGCCUCCACCUCCACCUCCCCCUCCACAAAAUGAAGAAUCUGGGGAGGAGCAGAACGAGGAGGAAGAUCAAGAGGAUGACAGUGAUCAGGAGAAUGAGCAACAACAGGAGCAAAUACCUGAGGAAUUUAUCUUUGAUGCAGAAGGGGGUUUGGUGGAUGAGAAAUUACUUUUCUUUGCACAACAAGCACGGAGGCACCGGGGGAAAGCUGGAAGAGCAAAGAAUGUUAUAUACUCAGAGGAUAGAGGCCGAUAUAUAAAACCAAUGCUCCCGAAGGGCCCCGUGAAGAGACUAGCUGUUGAUGCAACACUUAGAGCUGCUGCACCAUAUCAAAAGUUGCGUAGGGAGAGAGACAUUCAAAAAAGUAGGAAGGUUUUUGUGGAGAAAACGGACAUGAGGGCUAAAAGAAUGGCAAGAAAAGCGGGAGCAUUGGUAAUAUUUGUGGUUGAUGCAAGUGGGAGCAUGGCAUUGAACCGAAUGCAAAAUGCUAAAGGCGCAGCACUUAAGUUGCUGGCUGAGAGUUAUACAAGCAGAGAUCAGGUCUCCAUCAUACCUUUCCGUGGAGAUGCUGCCCAAGUCCUUCUGCCUCCUUCCAGAUCAAUUGCAAUGGCAAGAAAACGUCUUGAGAGACUUCCAUGCGGUGGUGGCUCUCCCCUAGCUCAUGGUUUAAGCAUGGCUGUCAGGGUUGGGCUAAAUGCAGAGAAAAGUGGUGAUGUGGGACGUGUAAUGAUCGUUGCAAUAACUGAUGGAAGAGCCAAUAUAUCAUUGAAAAAAUCCACUGACCCAGAAGCUGCUGCUUCUGAUGCCCCUAGACCCUCAGCACAAGAGUUGAAGGAUGAGAUUCUUGAAGUGGCUGGGAAAAUAUACAAAGCAGGAAUGUCCCUUCUUGUCAUUGACACAGAAAACAAGUUUGUUUCAACUGGUUUUGCAAAAGAAAUUGCAAGAGUAGCUCAAGGUGCGCAUACUGAAACUUCUAUUCUUUUAUGCAUGUGGAAUGUAAUAAAAUACUGUCAUUGUUUUGAUCUUUUAGGGAAGUAUUAUUACUUGCCAAAUGCUUCAGAUGCUGUCAUCUCAGCUACAACAAAGGAAGCAUUAUCUGCUUUGAAAAGUUCAUGAUUCGGAAGCGUUAUCAGCUUUCACCAAUUCAUGAUGUUUAUAAUCAACUCAAUUGUGAGUCCGUAUACUUUGUUUCCUGCCAAAAUCAGACCAAGAAAACUCAUUGAAUCUUGUCUGCAUUUUUGUGUUCUCUAACAUCUUUCCCUUGUAUGUUCUGUCAUAAAACAAACUGAUUAUUCUUCAUUGUUGCAGAAAGUGAUUACAAUGAAAUCAUCCGAAGUUUUUUUCUUGUUUGCCUACCUUUCUUGAAUUGGUUUAUGAUGAUAGUAAACUAAACUGUUUCUGCAUAAUCAAGUACUCAAUACUUAUAAAACAUGUACCUUUUUACAUUUUU